CCGACGUUGGCAGUCCUGACCGCGGAGCGUCUCGCGUCGUAGCGAGCCGUCGUCUGCAUCGAGUGACAGGUGACAGCGAGUGACAGUUCGUCGCCUCCCCCCUCCCCCCCCGUUCUGUUGUCGACUCGAAGAAUCGGCGGACGAGUGUCUGACGGCGAAGGCGCGCGAUGCCGCGAUGCCUCGCACGACGCCCUGGCCCUGAGCGCCGACCGACGAAGGUGCCCUCGCGUCGAACGUCAUCCUCUCCGUCGACGUCCUCGGCCGCCCUCGGAGCCGAGCGCGAUCCUCGAUCGCGAGGUCUCUCGGUGCCCGCCGAUGUCACCAUGUGAAGGCCUCUCCAGGGAUCGAUCAUCGUCAUCCUCGCCGAGAGAGAGAGACCGACUGUCAUCGACCGUCAUCUUCGUCGUCGCCAUCGGCGACGACCUCCAGCAGUUUUCUCUGACUACAAUCCAACGAGAAACAAAGAGAUAUGAGGAGGUUUAAUUGAGUCGGCUGCAAGCUUUUGCGUAGAAAAGACAAGAAUUUCUUCAGUCAAGAAAAAGAAAAAGAAAUAGCAAAGGAUAACAGAGAAUUCGGCAUGAUCCGUGGCGGGAGUAGAGCCAAUUUGGAAACAUUAGAUGGGGUGGUGGAGGCAUGGAAGCCACAGCUGGCCGACCGUCUCUUCAGAGACUCUUCAAGGACACCGUGCCAUCAGCGGGAACACCCGGAUUAGAUGUCAUAAGAGCCUUACAUCAAACGAUCGUGUCAUUGCGUACGGCUUUGGACUCAUCGCGCGAAGAGCUUCGCCGAUUGCAGGAGACCGUCGGGGAUUUCUCCAGCGAGAGCUACAUCGACACAGUGGGCCGUCUGGCUCUCGAGAAUCACGUCCUCAGACGAAGAAUCUUGAGCGGAAGCUGCGAAUUCUCGUGCAAUGCGACGACCAGCUCGCCGCUUCAGUCGAAACGCGUCCGACUCGUAGAGGAGGCCUCUCGUAUGGACCGAUCAACAGAUUCUGCAAAAACAACUAUGGACGUAUCUAAAGAAAAGGUCGACGCUGAUACUCCGGAUACAUUCAAUCAACCUGCCUCUGGACAUAGCAGCAGCAGUAACAGCAGCGGCAACGAGAGUCCCGAUCUGUCUUCUCGUGCUAGACUUCAAGCUUUAUCGAAAUCUUCGAAAACCACAGUUACCAAAGGCACCACCAGCUCGACAGUUACCGAGGCAGCAUCUACGAUGCUGAACGUUGCUCAAAGUGAGAAUGAUAAACCCUCGAUUUUGACAACGAAUGCAACUAGCAACGAGGAAGAGGCUCAAGAAAUUUCAGGCGAUGCGGUCAAUAUGGACCACUUAGAUGUUCCUGAAAAAGAUACCGAGGACUUGAGUUUGAAAUCUAUUUCCGACGGUGACAAUUCCGUAUUCAGCGAUCACGUCGAUCAACCACAGGCACCGCGCAACCAGAGUCAGGCAGGCGAUUCGUCGAGACCGAACGAACAUUCGGAGAACGAAUCGGAGGAGCUGGACGACAUCGAAUUGAUAUUUACGACAGACGAGACCUGUCGCGAUCUCGGCCUGCAAGAGGAUCUCGUAUCUAUCACGGAAACCGAGUCCUGGCAGCAUGCGAGCGCCGGAACAGGCCAGCCUGUUCUACUGAAGUAUACAAAGUCGACGGAGAACGAGUCGUUGGUCUGUAACGGCGAAAAAACCAGUUCUGUCGAGGAGGCUGUCUCCUCCCAGAGUUCCAGCAUUGAUCGCGAGGAGAGCGUCGACAGGUUCGACGAGAGUUCCAGCACCAGACUCAACAAGAUGUGGUCGCAGUGUUCCGUCCUAGUCGAGACGGAUAUCAGCAAGUGCGGCAUAGUGGAGGAUGCCGAGAGCUCAACGGGAUCGUCCUUGCGACCUGUCGCAAGAAGAAACACUCUGGCCGCCCCGCCGACAACUUACAGACCCAUUAUUCACCGAGAAGCUCUGGCUAGCAGUCGUAGAAAGAGCUCUGCUCCGUUGCGGCCCGUGAUGGACCGUAGCAGUGGUGCCCGAAGAGAAUCCGGCGCCCAGACGGACAUCUCCGCGCUUCCAGCACAAUGGCGAUCCGAAAGCUAUCUGGCCCACAAGGUCGCGCAUACCUUCACGACGUUGCCGAGCAAAUUCGCACUUCCAACAGGUGUACCCGGUCGAUUGAGGCUGUCGGACAAAACUCGAGAAGCUAGAAGAGUAAUGUUAUCAGACAUCAGUUUCACUAGCAUGGUACCAGAGUUAUCAAGAAGUGCGGAUCACUUGUGCCAUGAUCCACACGCACAGACGUGUUUCAACUCACGCGGUUACGGUCUUCGUACACCAGAAAUCCAUAGACGCGAGUCCCUGGGCUCUCCCGCAGGAUACUGGCCGCGUUGCAAUCCCGCAACAGGUCUGCCGAGUCCCUGCGACUGUCGACUCUCGACCGACCUAUAUCCUUCGCGAUAUCGCGGCUCUUUGACGUCGAUACCAUCGCCCAAUCUCGAGGUUGUCGGUGGUCCUCCGCGGAGGCAUUCUUGGAGAGCAACGGCGGCGUCCUUCGACUCAUGGAGGGUUCCGAUCGCGACUUCCACACCACGUCCGACCUGGUCCUCGAUGCCGUCCUCUCCGACACAUGUGCAUCCUCCGUCGACCUCUUCUAGAACUUCGAAAACUGCACCAAAGAGAACGCGAUCAAAGGUGACCUUCCAAGAGUGUCCAAUGACGCGCGGUAGUUUGCCGAAUUUGCGUUCGGACUUGGUCGGUGAAAACAGCGGGGAUUCCACCGAAUCGUUGAUCGACGAAGCCGAGGAUUAUUUACGGCGAAGUAUCGAUUCUAUGCUGACGAUAUCGAGUAUCAACACGGAUUAUUGGAGCAAGCAAACAGCGAGGCGAAGAAGGGCACGAAGACAUUCAGAGCCCGACUUAAUUCGCGAUUGGCAUCCCCCUCAAGAUGCCAGGCCAUAUUUGCCAAAGAUACCAAGAGAUCUCAAGUUAGAUCAUCUUGUGAAGGUCAUAUCGCCGGAGGGCAGGGUCCUUCAAGGUCGUGUGAGAUACGUAGGUCCAGUUCCAGGUCGAGAAGACGCGCACGUAGGCGUGGAGCUGCCAUAUGUUAAUGGUUCAUCUGAUGGUACUUUUCACGGCAGGAGAUUCUUCGAUUGUAUAAUUACCUUUCUCUCUUUCUCCCUUUUCAUUCCUCUUCAAAAUCUGAUAGCUCCAAUCGUCUCAGCUUUAAUCAAGAAUAAGUCUGUCAUUAACAGCGAGCCGGAUCGUGCGAUCUUCGUCCCGUUCAAGAAGGUGGUGCUCGCCUGGUGUACCACUUGACCCGAAGCACCGACUCCCCUGGUCCCUCCUCGUAUUCUACUCUCCCAGUACACGAUGUAAGAAGAAAGUGAUGAAGAGUGAGAGAGAAAAAAUUCGGCACACGUAAGUCGUAUUUACAAAUUAUAUUGGAGUUAGCCAGUUCUCUGGUUAGAUUCAAACCAGAGAUAAUGCGACUAUUUAUAAUCUUUGUCGAUUAAUUCUCUCAUCCCCAUACGGAAUUGUAUAGCUGUUUAACUACGUGUGUAUUAAAAUUAUCAAAAUUAAAAAAAAAAAUAAUUUUGGACGCCAAUAUAAUAAUAAAUGCUGUAUCAUAUAUCGGUGUAAUACUAUAAAACAUGUAUGUAUGUAACAUACACACACGCACUAUAUGUAUAUACGUACAUACAUACACUCAUCCAAUGUUAUACUAUAGCUUCUUCUGUUUGAGAACACGUUUAAUGGAUGGAUCAUCACUACUAGUGACGAAUUCCACCAUAUAUCGAUAUGUCUCAUUGUACCUAAUUGUUUAUAAAAUAUUUUUCUUAUAUAUAGGAAGCGAAAUUAACGAAGUCUCAUGGUGUGCCUUUCUAAUAAUGCAAUCGGAGGAGUAAAUCGAAACUUGUUAAAAUUUCAGAAGGAAAGACAAACCAUGAAAUUUUGCAAACUUUUGUCGUCCUACUCGCAUUAACAUGAUGUAUGUACAAAUCGCAAAAAUGAUUUUCACAAUGUUCAAUGUGUGAUAUCAUAUACCAAAAAAAAACAAGUAUAUAAAGAUCUAUAUAACUUUGAAGUAAAUAUAGUAUUGUGUUACGCUCUAAAGAUAAGAACAAAUAUAUUUUGUUGAACAGUGAAUUUGGGAAUGAGGGAAUUAAAUUACAUCUUCAUCUAUAACUGGAAGAUAAAAGCAACAUCAGCCGCUGAUUAAUUUUUGGCAAGAAUAAUCAAAAUUACCUAUUAAUUAUUAAUUAAUAUCGUUUCUAUGAAUGAUAAUUCGAGAGGCUAUGUGCAGCGAACGCUGAUCUUUUAUUUGGAAUGGCGUAGCAUUGCGAUUGUACUUCAAUCUCAAUAAUGACUUGAUAAUAGGUCUGUUGUUUUCAGUUGUACUAGUUCAGAAUUUAUCGGUUUCCUUCUAAUAUAGAGUAAAAAAGAUAAACUCUGAACUGGCUGCACUAUUCCAGAAUUUAUCUUUUUCUUUUCGAUGUGGAAUAAAAAAGAUAAACUAUAAACUAGUACAGCCAGUUCAGCUGAAAAGAAUAGACUUGUAAUGUUUACGCUGUGACAUUAUAACAUUAAGUUGUUAAGAGAAAGAUUGUGUUCCUUUUUUAAAGGAAAAUGACAGAUUUAUUAUAUUUUGGCUACUACGAUUACUUAUUAUUAUUAAUACAUACAUCGAGAAAACUUUCAUAUUAUUCCGAGCACACUAUUGUAACAAUAUGAAAAAAAAAAUUCUCGUUGAAGAAUUUUGUACUUAACGGAUUAUUUUCUCCGUUGUAUAAUCGCCGACAUUCUAUUCCUCUUAUUGUUAUUAAAUGUCGAUUCAAAUUCUUUUCUUUAAGAAAAGUUUGCAUAUUCCUUCAGGAUGCCCCAAUCUAAUUAGAUUAUUUGACACGAAAGAAUGUGGCACAAAAUAUUUUCAUAAGUUUUCAUAGUCAUAAGUAAGAAGCGUUGGAUAAAGUGGUAGAGUAUUUAUCUGGUGAUUGGAUAGCUUCGAGCAAUUUCGAGUUCAAGUUUGUCCCGAAUAUUUCAUAUAUCUCUGAUUUCGCAGAUUAUAAAGAUUUAAUCUCGUUGUUACGAAUUAAAACUUAUCUGACGCCGUGUUACAUUAAGAAAAGUUAAUUAAAUAAAAGAGUUACAAAUAUUCUAUUAUAUUAAAAUAUCAA